AUGGAAGAGGCUGAGGAAGAGCAAGAGGAGGAUGAGCUCCCCAUGUACCAAGAGCACUACAAUGCUCUCUUCUCCAUGGACUUUGUGGAGACCAAGUACCCACAUGAUGACACCAUGAGAGAUCUUGGAUCUUUGAGGAUGUGGAGUUGGUGCUCAAGAACAUGCAAUUGGGGAAGUUCUUCUCUCACCGCAUGGAGUCUUACAAGGAGCUUGACUUGUGAGUUUUUGGCGUCGAUGAAGCAUCACGAGUUUGAUGAGCUCGAUCGAGCUGAGUUGGACCAAGGCUGGGGCUCCUUACAUGGGAAUCAAGCCCAUCAUCUCACGCACAAGGAUGGGAAGAAGAUCAGAGGAGACAGGGCACACACAGGGAAUCUCAUGCCUCUCCUUGAGCAGCUCCAAGCCUACAAGGUCACAGCUUGGAUGGACAUCAAGUUUUGCAAGACCAACCUCUCAUUGAGCACAAGGAGUUGGAUGGGAGAUUCCAAUUCAAGUUCACCACCCCACGGCUGGACUCCUCCAAGCUUCUUCUGCCCAACCCUGAGCUCACCACGGUCCUAG